AUGGAAGAAGAUGCUAAAAACUUUGUGAGGAGAUGUCAAUCUUGCCAGAAGUUUAGGAACUUGAUACAUGCACCAGCAGUUGAACUGCACAACAUCAAGACUCUUUACCCGUUCCAUACUUGGGCAUUUGACCUGGUAGGUUCUAUAGCGCAACAAUCCAAAGGCUACAGAUGGAUACUUGCAACAACUGAAGUUAGUACCAAAUGGGUAGAGGCUAUACCGAUGAGAAAGACAGAUGGGGCAAGAGUAGCCAACUUUAUCAGAGAGAACAUAAUCUGUAGGUUUGGCAUACCCAAAGUAAUGUUGUCUGACAAUGGAACUCCUUUUGUAAAUCGGCACAUUGGAAGACUACCGGAUGCCUACCAAAUUAAGCACCACAAGUCUAGUCCAUACUACCUCCAAGGGAACAGACAAGCUGAGGCAACCAACAAAACCCUCAUCCGAAUACUGAGUAAAAUGAUGGAUGAAGCAGGAGUUAAGUUGGCAGUACCCUCAGCAAGGAUGCCUAUGUCAGCACACUUAGUUCUAGACAGCAGGAAGAAUGACAUAAAGGCAGCUGAAGAAAUAAGAGAUCGGGCCUCGCGGGCAAUGGAAAAGUAUCAUCAAUCCAUAGCAUGUGCCUACAAUUAA